CAAAAUUGCACAAUCGCUCUGCUUCCGAUUUCAAAACACGUUCCCAACUAUUAGCAAUUAUUAGUAAGAUGCCUUUUUUGUGUCGGUUUCCCAUGUCUACAAAAAGUUUCUUAUUAUAUAUAUUUCCGUUUCUUAAGUUUUAGAGUAAAUUACAUCAAGGAAGUUUUAUGUAUUGUUUGAAAAACAGGUUUUCGAAAAAAUACAAGAAUGUAAAAUGAAAUCACGUAUAAUUUAUUGAAAGGUGUAAAAGUUUGGAAAUUGCCUUCAUAUUUCGAUAGAAUACUUAUUAGAAAUAUGACGACUGCGGAGUCACCAGACGAAUUGCUUGCAAUUUCGGUUGAAAUCAAAAAUCGUUUUGGUGAUCCUAUAAAUAAUUCUUCUGAUCCUUAUAAAUGGACACUUUUAAAGGAUUGUCAUUCUAAAUAUCUUUCAAAUGGCAGUAUAUCUCUGACACUAUUAUCCAGCUAUAAUUGCAUCAUGACAACAUUGCUGGAUGCUUUGAAACCGACAUUAUUUAAAGAGAAAUGGCAGGAAGAAGUUUUUGAUAAUAUUUUUUUACAUGGAAUUCAUCAUGAGGCAUUCAUACAUUUGAUGCAGAAACUCGGUGAAAGUUCGGAAAGUUACCAACAACAAAAAAUACUGAACAUACUAGAAAAAUUUGUUCGAGAGAAAUGCUUUACUUCCUUAUUGCUUCGUCAGUGCAUGAGAUCUGAAAUAUGGGAUCCUGAAUUUGCAGCCCUUUCUAAAACGUGGAAUGAUCUAAUAACAUUCAUUGCAUCUCUGCCUGAAAGAAUAGCCAAUAAAACAAAAGGACAAAUGCACAAAAUAUUUUGUGCUAAUUUUUAUGUGCCUCAUCUUAUGUCAUCCAUUAUUGAAGUCUUAACUUCAUUACAUCAGAAGAUCAUAAGAAAUGAAGGUUGCACACUUGAAUUUUUAGGGAAACUUAUUGGAAAAUUUUGUAUUCUUGGCCAUGGUGAUGUCGUUGCAAAGAGACUUUAUAUGGAAUUAAUCAGACGUUCUGAAAGUGAUUUUAUCUGGAGAAGGCUUUCUCAGAAUUUAAUCACCAAAAUACCACUCUCGUCAUUAGAAUCAUUUACAACUAAUUUGCUUUUAGUUACACCAUGGUAUGGAAAUCUUGAGUGGGUAUUAGGUGAAGAAGGUGCAAAUAACAGAAAAUUAAACUAUGUUAUGUCCACCAAACUAUUGCUUAUUCGAUAUUUUAAGAAGGCAAUUGUGCUACAAAAUAUUAUUGGAUAUUUUGCAAGUGCAAGCAGUCGUCAGUCACACUUUUGGAAUAUUUUUAGUGCUUUAGCUAAAAGCUGGUCUGAUGAAAGUGCUGCGAAGCACCAAAGUGUUGAGCAACAGAAAUAUUUAGCUUCAGCUCUCAUUGUCUGUGCUGGGUGGAUUAAACAAACGGAAAAUGUUUCUAAUGCAAAAGCUUGUCUUGAUAAAAUUCUUCAUGGAACUAUGAUUCGAGUUGGAAACUCUGAGGAAUGCAUUCGAAGUUUGGCAAUGCUUGUAGGAAAUUUUGUAAUAUCGUCUAUUGAUCCUGAUGGUCCUAAGCUAGAAUGUGAAGAGAUUGUAGAUGAAAAUCUAAUUGCAGAAUUGGAGGCUUUGAUGGUUAUUCCAAGUAAUCCAGGCAAAGAUUCUUUGUAUUUGGAAGGCAUAAACUUUUUCAAAGAAGAAAAGCCAGAGAAAGUGGAAAAAGAAUUGAAAAACACAAAUGAAUUGAGUAAAGUUGUGGAAGUUGACAGUGAUGAUGACUUAGAGCCAUAUGAUACAUCUAACGAUGUACCUCAAGAGCAAUUGAAACGCCCCUUCUAUUUAAACGAUUGCCUGCAAGGUUUAAUUGAACAAGAAGAGCAAGAAUGGUUUGAACAGUGUUUGAAACAUGCUGAAAGUUUGAUUGAAUCCAAUUCAGACAAAGUUCAUGAAAUUGCUGUUGAAAUGGCCAAAGUAAUGCUUCAUUUGGAGGAUAAAUAUUGCUUUCCCGAUUUUCUUUCUACUAGGCACAGAAUCCUUGUUUCUCUUACUGUCCAUUGUCCGGUAUUAGUGGCUGAAUAUCUUACUUCACAGUUUUAUGAAGAUAAUUACAAUAUACGGCAACGGUUGGACAUCUUGGAGGUCAUUGCUAGUUCCAGUCAGUUGCUGUCUAAUCCAAAAUCUGUACUCCAGAAAGCCGAACUGUCGGUUCCACAGACUGAAGAAAAGUUCACAGCAUCAACUGAAAAGUUGUGGAAGACCAUUCUUGACCAAAGAGUAGCUUCUAAAACACGGCAAAUUACAAAAGUCAAACGAAAUGUAGUUCCAGAGUCAUUGGAAAAUCGACUCAGUGCUGUUGCAGGCUAUUUCUUCUUCCCUCUGAUGGCCAAUUAUGAUAAAACAAAUAAGAUGUUGAAGCUUUUUGGAGAAGACAGCUAUGUCCUGGGACGAUUAGUCUAUACUCUGGGAGUUGUUAUGCAUGCUUCUGCAAAUAUACCUAUAUGCCAGAAUAUGGGUCAAACAUUGUUGCAAUUUUUAGCUGAUGUGAGAAAUCAUGCAGAUUUCUUUGUUCGAGAAGCUUGCAUAUUUGCAAUGGCUGCAGUGUUUACAAGUGUGCCUGGAUAUCUUUUAAUGUCAGAUGAUAUGACUUCAAUAGUGUUUGAAAGCCAAGAAUGGUUGGAAAGUGUCAUUGACAAUGAUCCUGAAACCAGUUGCCAGAUUAAAGCUACUCAUGCUCUGAGUUUAAUUAUACAAAUAAUUACAGAUGAUAUGCCUUUGAUGUGUGAUAUUCUGUCAAUCGAAAAGGAGAUGUUGUAACUCACUGCAAUUUCAAACUCCCAUUGCCAGAUAUUUUUGCUAUUUCAAACUCCCAUUGCCAGAUAUUUUUGCUAUUUCAAACUCCCAUUGCCAGAUAUUUUUCUAAGAACAUUUUUUAUAUAUAAAUAAGUGUAUGAAAUAGUUACAAUAAAGAGAAU